AUGGCGGAGCUCUUCUCUCCUCUCGAAGCCCGUCCCCUCAAGGACACAAUCUGCCUCUUCGACGUCGAUGGCACACUCAGCCCCGCCCGCCUCCAUGCCUCGCCCGAAAUGCUCCAGACUCUCGCCGCCCUCCGCCACAAAUGCGCCAUCGGCUUCGUCGGCGGCUCCAACCUCCCCAAACAAGAAGAACAACUCUCCACCCCUAAUGUGCCAGUCACCUCGCUCUUCGACUUCUGCUUCUCGGAGAACGGCCUCACCGCUUACCGAUUGGGUAAGCCCUUGGCCAGCCAGAGCUUCAUCGGGUGGAUCGGCGAGGAGAAGUAUCAGAAGUUGGUGAGGUUUCUGCUCCGGUACAUUGCAGGGAUCGAGGGGUUGCCGGCGAUGAGGGGCACGUUUGUGGAGUUUCGGAAUGGGAUGGUGAAUGUAUCUCCCGUGGGGAGGAAUGCGAGUAAGGAGGAGAGGGAUGAGUUUGAGAAGUGGGAUAAGGAGAGUAAAUGUCGGGAGAAGAUGAUCGCGGCGAUUAAGGAGGAGUUUCCGGAUUCUGGGUUGACGUUCUCGAUAGGCGGUCAGAUUUCUUUCGACGUCUUCCCUACAGGCUGGGAUAAGACGUACUGUCUGCAGUAUAUUGAGAAGGAGAAGGAGAUUUCUGGGAUUGAGUACAAGAAGAUACACUUCUUCGGGGACAAGGCCUUUGAGGGUGGGAAUGAUUGGGAGAUCUACAAUGACAAGAGGACGAUCGGACAUGCGGUCAAGGAUCCGAGUGAUACGAUAAGGAUAUUGAAGGAGGAGUUCGGUGUAUGA